GCCAGCAGUAGGGUGCGCAGGGAGACCUGAGUGUGCAUGGCAGGCACAGGGCUAUGAUGGUCCCCGUGGUGUGUGGCGGCCGCCUAUGGUGGUCUCUGGCUGUGGGCACCCGUAGAGCAGCAUGCCGGCACUGGAGUAGCUGGGCGGCGGAGAGCAGGAAUAAGCCGCUGAAGCAGUGGACUCUAAUCGUGCACCCGCUGAGCAGCCUGCGGGUAAAGCUGCCCUGUCAUGUGCGGGUAAGACCCCAGGACCCGCUCACCUACCCGGACGCGGACAGGGUGUUCGUCAAGGUGAGCGGGGUGGACCGCAAUGUGCACCGGGGACUGGACCUGGACAACAUUGAGGUCCGCUAUGACGAGGAGAGCCGGCAGGUGCUGAUCGAUUCUCAGGACAUAGACAGCCGGACGUGUGUGGAGGUCACCACCCCCGUGCGCUUCGAUGUGAACAUUAAAACAAUGGGCUUUGGCAGCGUGAAUGUAAGAAAAAUUGAGUGUGACAAUUGCCAAAUCGAAACAGAGAAAGGGAGCAGUGUUCUGCAGUCUAUCAAGGGUCACAAUGUUCACAUUCGUACGCAGGGAGGAAAAGUCGUGUGUCUGGGGACAGUCCAUGGCAAUGUUGAUAUUCGUGCUUUGGCUCACAGUACGGUUGACAUUGAGAAACUGUUGGGAACAUCUGUUAAUAUCUGCACAGAAAAUGGUGAGCUGAAAGCCAAGUAUCUGUAUGCAGAGUCAUCGUCUAUGUCUUCAGCCGCAGGAGAUAUCAUAGUAGGGAGUGCACAUGGUGAUACAAAACUCCAUACAACAGAAGGAAAUAUUACAGUAGACUCCUCAGAUGGCUCUUUAAUGGCCUCCUCAAACCAAGGCACGAUAGAUGUUUAUGUCAGUCAAGCUGGCAAGGUAUAUCUGAAAACUGACAAUGGGAGCAUUACAGUAAAAAUACCUGCAAAUCUUCAGGCCCAGUUACAGCUUACAGGAGCAACAGUCAAUGUUAACCCUGACGUGCAGCUACAGGACAUUGAAAAUACAUGCAAUGAGGGGCAGACCAUACUGAAAGCGACUAUGAAUUUGGUGAGUGAAACUCAGAGGUGGAUUGUGGCCGAAGCCCAGAGAGGCACUGUAUAUCUGAAGCUCCAGGACUGGCUGCAGUCUCUUAAACUACAUACAAGCUGAGGUGUCUGAAGAAACUGGACUGUCUUCCAUCCCCUGACUGGAUCGGUUAGGUGGACACUUUCACCACUACUAUUUUGCAUUGAGCCAAGUUUAAAACCAUAUUGAGAGAUAUUGCGGUCUGUCCAAUAAAUAUUCAAUCGGAGCAUUAAGUGACAAGUAAAUCUUCAGCUUAUGUAACUGUUACUUCUGGAGGGAAUGCACAUAGUUAUGUCUACUAUAGGCUUGAUACACUGAAGGACCGCUGCAUGGACUAUAUAAAUGAAGUGCAUGUAUAUAGGCCUGAAAUCCUAGGAAGUAUUAAAAAAAAGUGUCCUCCCAAAAUAAUUAAGAAGACAUUGUCUGGUGUACUGUGCCUUGUUCUACUACAUGGAUAUGUCUUCCAUGUUGAAAUUGUUUUAUAUAAUGUUACAUUGGGGGUGGAAGCUUCUUUAAAAUUAUGAGGUAACAUUAAUGGUUAAAUCUGGGAUUAUGAAUAUUGAAGUGAUGUAGUAAGUUAAUGAAUUGUCUUUUGUAAGUCACUCAGUGCACAUCCACUUAAGCUACACUAGUGUAUUCUGGGAGUCUAGUUAGUGUUUAAGGGGGUUGUCUGAUAUUAGAAAGAAGGCCACUCUUCUUCGUGGGGGUAUGUCUGGUAUUGCCGGUCAUUCAAGUGACUACCAUACACCAGCCAGAGUGCUGCCGUUUCUGGGCCGUAAAGCAAACUUUUAUACUGGACAACCCUUUUAAAUCUCACACAUUAAAGGUCAAUGUAUGUAAAAUCAAUGAUACAUGUGCCUUCUGUAGAGGUCACUGGAAUACUAUCUGCCUCUUAUAUUGACCACUGUUAGUUGAACAGUCUUAUUGCUAUUAAGUAGACAUUUUAUAUCCUAUUAUAUAUCUCCUGAUGUUUUUUAUAAGUAGAUUUUACACUGUCCACUUUUUAAUGGUGUGCAUGCUAAAUAUCUCUUUAAUAGUUAAAAAGGCUUUCCAGGAUUAGGGGAUACGAUCUGCUGACUCCAUAACCCCCCCUCCCCCCCCCCCCCCCCCAGUUCCAACACUGCUCUUGAUGCCAAGGGUUGUGUCUGAUGUUGCAUUUUGCCUUAUUUACUUUGAAGGACUGUGCCAUCAGUAAAUGGCCUAUUGUUUAAAUCAAGUUUUUAUGUUAAACAGAACUUUUGGUGACAAGUAAAUAUAUAUAUAUAUAUAUAUAUAUAUAUAUAUAUA